AUGGACUUGAAGGAAGGCCACAACCUUUCUGGCCCCAACAAAGCCGCAAUAGAACUUGCGACCAUGGAUGCCAGCGCCAGUGUCGGAGAGACAAAUUCCACCUUCAUAAUGACCCCGGCCGAGGAGCGAAAGCUGGUUCGAAAGAUUGACUUACACUUGAUGCCCUUGAUGUUCGUUCUCUAUCUGCUCCAGUAUCUGGAUAAAACGUCCCUUGGCUAUACUGCAAUCAUGGGCAUCAUACAGGAUGCAGCAAGUCAACCUAUACCCAUAUCAAUAAGAAACUUGAACGCUAAUAACAAUGUUGCAGAACCUCAGUGGUACCCAAUACUCCUGGAUUUCGAGCUUCUUCUACGUGGGAUUUCUCGCAGCCAGUCCUCUAUCUUCAAUUCUCUUGGUGAAAUUCUCAGUAUCCAAAUGGUUAUGGCCGCCGGUAAGAGCUUUGCCAGCCUUGCUGUCUUACGUAUCUUACUCGGGGCUUUUGAGGCUGCUAUCAGCCCAGGCUUUACUAUAAUUACGUCCACUUGGUACAAACCCUCCGAACAUGCUUUGCGUCACGGUCUCUGGUACUGCGGAGCCAGUGUAGCAUACAUAAUAGGCGGUAUCAUUGCGUAUGGCAUCUCUCAUAUCAACAGUGCGAUUAAAGCCUGGCAGUUCCUGUUUAUUAUUUUCGGAGCAGUGACCUUCAUUUGGGGCUUGGUUGUCUGGUGGCUUCUGCCUACUAAUCCCCAGAGUGCUUGGUUCCUGAACGAACAUGAGAGGAAACUUGCUUUUGAAAGAGUCCAGGGAGCAAGGCAUUCAGUCGAAACAGGAGAGUGGAACUACGCACAGAUGAGAGAAGCCUUCAUGGACCCUAGGUCUUGGUUAUUUUUUCUCAUCUGUGUGUUCUCAACUAUUCCAGGUGGUGGUAUGACUGCAUUCGGCAGUAUUAUAAUCAAGGAUUUUGGUUACAGCGUGCUGCAAACUCAACUUCUUUCUAUGUCGGUAGGCGCAUUUCUUCUGUUCUUUGUCAUCAUGACUGUGGCCAUUUCCAUGACUCUGAAGAAUUCGCGAUGCCUAUCCAUCUCUCUUCUCAAUUUCAUAUCUUUGGCCGGGGUUUUGAUGGUAAAGCUUCUUCCCGAGUCCAACAAGACAGGCCGCCUUGGAGGGCUCUGGCUAGUUUGCGCACACGCUAGCGCUUUCCCAACAAUUCUUAGUUUGGUUUCCAGUAACAUCACGGGGCAUACAAAGAAAGCUACGGUCAAUGGGAUGUUAUUUAUUGGGUUUUGUACUGGAUAUAUUAUUGGGUCACUCACGUUUAUCGCGCAAGAAGCGCCUGCUUAUAAGACGGCAUUUAAUAUUAUGGUUGCUUGCUUUGUUCUCAAUAUUGCUAUUAUCAUCUCUAUGAGACAGAUAAUGGCAAAAUGGAAUAACCAAAGGAAUCAGGAGUAUGGACCUAAGCCUGUUUCAGAUGGACUCAUACUUGAACACGGGAGGCAAGUCGAUCUUGACGAGACCGAUUGGGAGAACAAAGAUAUUCGUUACUUUGACUUCAGCGAGCGGACUUUGAAGUUGUUGUGUAUCGGCAUCGAAGAUGUGCUAAUUCCGGCUCAUCAGACCAGAGGGACAUCAUCACUGGAUGGCAAGACCGCCAUUGUGACUGGAGGCUCCCGUGGCAUUGGACAAGCGAUCUCGAUCAACUUGGCACGCAAAGGCUUGUCCAAGCUAGCCAUCACUUAUUCAAGCAAUAUUAAGGCUGCGGAGGAAACCCUGAAGAUAUGUCAAGAGCUCGGAGUAAAGCAGGCAGUGGCCAUCCAGGCAGACGCCCUUGAUCCCGAAUUUGGGCCUAAAACUGUUGCACAGGCCUUAGAGCGACUGGACACCACAGUUAUCAAUAUUCUCGUCAACAACGCCGUCCUGGCCGACCAUACUAAGGUACUAUCUAUCAAAGACACGACCUUGAACAUCUUUCUCGAGAUUAUGCAAGCCAACGUUUACGCCCCAGUCUCUCUCACUACCUCCCUUCUACCUCAUCUACCUGAGUAUGGGGGCCGUGUGAUCAACAUCUCCAGCGUUCUGGCCUACCAGGGCAACGCUGAUCCAACCGUUGCAUACGGAGCCAGCAAGACCGCUCUCCAGAGCUACACGCGAUCAUUCGCUGAGAACUUUUCCAAGUAUAAAAACGCUACCUUCAACAGUGUCGUUGUUGGUCUUACAGCUACGGACUCGAUCAAGGCCAGUCAGCACAUGAUGCCCCCGGGAUUUCUGGACGGGCAGAUCAGGGACACAACCGCUGGAAAUAGGAUUGGCGUUCCUGAUGAUAUUGUCUAUGUUGUUGGGUUCCUUGCGGGAGAAGAGGGUCGGUGGGUUAAUGGGGCUGCUGUUAGUGCGAAUGGUGGUAACAGGCUUCUUAUUCCUGUACUUGGUUAA